AUGGAGGCUUCUUGUGAUGAUGAGCUACCAUUGAAUCACAUAGGAGAUGAGGAAGAUUUUAGAAGUUGUUGUGGUGAUGAAGAAGUUUGGUUUAAGGAGAUUGAUGAUUUUACAGCUAAAGUUGCAGUUUUAGAGGAGUUGAAAAAAGAUGAAGUUGUUGAUGAUGAAUUCUCUGUUAAGAUGUUUUUUAAAGGAGUUGCGAUAUCCGAAAGAGGAGAUUCGGGUUCUGGUUUUUCGGGGAUUGGUGUUGUUUUGGAGAGAUCAGGAGAUUUUGAGUUGAUUCAAGUUCAGAAGAAGUUGGAAUUUCAUGUUGAAGAAUCUGUAGCUAACUAUUUAGCUUUGUUGGAUGGUCUUGAAGUAGUUUUACAGAACAAUCUCCGUUCUGUUGUUGCUUUAACCGACUCCGAAUCGCUCUGUUUAUUCUCAUGUUUUUUAGAUGAAUUGGUUUUGCAGAUAACUCGAGAGGAGAAGCUCGAGACUCCGCUUUUGGUAGCUUUGAGAGAAAGGGUGUUGGAGAAAACUAGUAAUCUUGAUGGGUUUGUUCUAAAGCUUGCUCCUUUCUGUCAUCUUGAUCAAGCUCUAAGCUUAGCUCGAGUAGCGGUAGGAAUCGUGUCUUUUAAUCACGACGUGGAUACAUUAGCUGAGAACUGCUCGAUCUGCUGUGAAGACCGUCAAUCCGAGAUGAUGCUAACAUUGAAAUGCACUCACAAAUUCUGUUCGCAUUGCAUGAAAACAUAUGCCGAAGGGAAAGUACAGUCUUCAGAAGUUCCCAUCAGGUGUCCUCAAGUGCAAUGCAAGCAUUAUCUCUCAGUCACGGAAUGCAAAUCGUUUCUUCCCGUCGCUUCUUUCAAAUCAUUAGAGGAAGCAAAUGUACGUAGUAAGAACAAUGGCAAGAUUUACUGCCCAUAUCCCAAUUGCUCUUUUCUCUUAGACCCGCGUGAAUUUCUAUCAUCGGGAAGGGCAAACACGAGCGCAAGCUCAUCUAGUCAGUCAGAGAAUAGCUGUUGUGUGGAGUGUCCAGUCUGUGAGAGGUUUGUGUGUGUCGACUGUGGUGUUCCUUGGCAUGCUUCUAUGAGCUGUGAAGAGUUUCAGAUUCUCCCUGUUGACGAAAGACAUCCAGAUGAUAUUACAUUACAUCGCUUGGCGAGGUAUAAGAGGUGGAGACGGUGUCAGCAAUGCCGUAUAAUGAUCGAGCUUGCUCAAGGCUGCAACCACAUGACUUGCCGGUGCGGGCACGAGUUUUGCUACUGUUGUGGAGCAGAGUACAGAGAAGGUCAGCAGACUUGCACUUGCGCUUUUUGGGACGAUGACGAAGAAGAUGAAGAAAUCUCAGAGUCGGGAAACACAAUCCAAGAGCUUGAGCAAUGGCCUUGGGACACAUUUAGCUCAAUUCCAACGGUAAUGGACGCUUACUCGGAGCAAGAAAGAUCUCAGCUUGCUCUGAUCCAACGGUUCUUAGCGGGUGGAGGGUUUAGUCUGAGUGAUCACCAUACUUCUUAUCAGUCGCCGCCUCCUCCUCCAUGUACAGAGUCAUCGUAUGUUGAAGCCGCAAUGAAAGAUCUUCAUCAGCUUCCUUGGCUUGAGAGGUUUGUAUCUGUUAUAAGUGAUGAUUACUAUGAAGAGUAUCAUAGCCAGUGA